AACCCUAAGAGAGAAAAUUUUGAGUUUCCCGGACAACAGCGGGCAUGGUACCCACAAGUGAUGACAUCGCCUCUCUUGAUGACAAUGAUGUUGAUAGCCAAGGGUCAAGAUCAAGAUCAAGUUCAGGCGAAAGUGAUAGUUACAGUAGUGGUAUUGUGUUUAGGAAUAGUAAUGUUGUUUUUUUUGCUAAAUUAUAGUAAUGUUGUUGUUAGUGAUGAAAUCAUGUCUUAUGAUGGUAAUAACUAUCUUGAGGUAGAAGAAGAAGACCAAGAAUAUGAAGAUGAACAAGAAGAAGAGAUGGAGGAGCAAAUUGGGGAUGAAGAUGAUGACCAGGAGGAGUGUUCUAGUUCUUUACCGGUAAUCCUAACAAACCCGGAUGUGUUGGAUUGCCCUAUUUGCUUCGUAGCCCUCACUGCCCCUGUCUUCCAGUGUAACAAUGGACACAUAGCCUGCUCUAACUGCUGCUGCAAGAUUAGGAAUGUUUGCCCUUCAUGUUCUUUGUCAAUCGGCUCCAACAGAUGCCGGGCCAUCGAGAAUGUUCUUGAAUCAAUCGAAAUCUCAUGUAAGAACAUCAAAUAUGGGUGCAAAAAGACAACUAGUUACAACAAGAAACAUGAGCAUGAGCUAAUGUGCAUUCACGAACCAUGCUCAUGCCCUCACCUUGGCUGUGACUUUGUUGCUUCCUCGAAGCAGUUGUACAUGCACUCCUACAGGGCACAUACUUAUUCUGCUAUCUCCUUCAGCUAUGACUCCACUUUUUCUGUUCCUGUAACAAAUGGAAUGGAAUAUGCAGUUCUCCGGGAAAGCACAGACAAAACACUGUUUGUUCUUAACUAUGCUGUUCAGAGUAUUGGAAAUGUGGCUAGUAUUACCUGUAUUUCACCAAGCUCAGUCAAGAAAGGUUUUUCAUAUGAACUUGUCGCACAGAAAAGGGAUAGCAAAAUUAAAUUAGAGUCUUUCACAGAGUGCAUGCCGAGAUGGUCAAAGUAUGUUCCUCACGGGGAAUUUCUUCUGGUUCCAUCAGAUUUUCUUGAGAGUCAGUUUUUACUUGUUCGCAUACAGAAAGGGGCACAAUGAAAACCCUGGGAGGAAUGGUUGUCUGGUACAAUUAUGUGAAAAUGUGUAAUUGAUCUAGCUUUUUCACUUUUUGCAGUAAGGUGAAAACAAGAAAAGAUAGGUGAAGUUAGUGUAAUAGCUUGCAUUUUGAAAUUUUGGUUAUCGGUAUUAACUUAUAGAUUGGAUUAUCUUCUGCAUUCAAAAAUUUCGUGCAAUUUGUUUUGUUCUCCAUUCA